ACGUCAGCUAUUGGAUGCAUUUAAACGAACGCGAUUUAAACAGAGAAAACUCUGCGGCGGACGGCGGUUGUAGUGUUGUUCGGUGGAGUUUGUGGAGAAGACGUGUUUGAUAAGCAUCAAGUGAAACGGAACCGGGUUAAUGAUGGCGGACAACGACGCAGGCGAAGCCGCUGGUACCUACGAGUUCGACGCUCCGUGCCACGCCGUGGACUUCAAGGAGCUGCUGGAGGCCGAAACGGACGAGAGCUGGUUCGAACGACGUGCUGAGGGAGCAGAUCCUCACCUCGUCACCCCUCUGAGAAGCUCCGCGAUGCGGGUCGAGAAACCUAAACGUGGUGAGAAAAGUGGGACCCACUCUCUUCACACCCAGAAGGAAAUGGUGUCAGGUCAAAACGCGUCUGCAUCUCCACCUUCGAACAUGGUGACAUCGUGGGGAGAAGAGCGCCAGAGGGUCGUUCGACCGAAGAGGUCCGGUAUCCCUGGCCAGCCGCGCAGGGUUUCGAAGCGUAAAGGGACCUCGGGUUCAUCAGAACCUCCAUUGAAGAAGCAGAAAGAGAUCCCUGCUGCACCCAAGCCCAGAGGCGGGAAGCCCGGUUCCCGCAGCAGCGAGCGGUGGAGCUCCAAGAAGUCUUGUAAGGCCCCUGAAGCCACUUCCGCUGCUCCAGAGCCCGUUACCUCUGAGCAGUUGGAGAUGGAGAGAAUCAGAAGUCUCCAGAACGAAGUGGCUCAGCAGCGUCGGCGAAACGAGGCCAGCUACAAGGCUGCUCUGGCCGGCAGGCCACCGCCGAAGAAGCUGGUCCUGGCCAGCACCGUACCGCAGGACUUCGCCUUCAGCACCGACGCUCGUGUCAAGGCCUCCUCGAACCCGGUGCAGAAGGAGGUGGAUUUUGUGCGGCAACUCCGGAAGCCCUCCUCCCCGGCAAAAGCUCGGAGAGGCGCCACCAUCCCCAAACCCUUCAACUUCUCAGGCGGUCACAAGAAAGUGCAGGAGCGUGAGGACUACGUACCGAUGGCUCAGCAGGUGGAGCUGUUCCAGAGGCGGACUCCCACCCGGUACCACUUACGGAGCAGCAGGAGUCUGGAGAGAGGACCGUCUUCGGUGAAAAGCCAGCACCUGAAGCUCACGGAGCCUCACUCCCCCCACCUGAUCACCCGCGAGCGAAGCCGACCGGUUCACGUGAAGAGCAGCGCCGAGCUGGAGGCUGAGGAGCUGGAAAAGAUCCAGAAGGUUAAGAUCAAACCUCUGGAGCUGAACAGGAAGAUUCUGGAAGGUGCCGAGGAGCUGAGGAGGCCUGCGGUGAAGGAGCCCACUGUCGCUGAAGGCUUCCAGCUGGAGAUCGAAAAACGGCUCCAGGAGAGGCAAAUGACCAAGAACCCUCAACACGAGGAAGAACCCUACACCUUCAGGGCCAAGCCGCUUCCUAAGAAGGUUCUGGAGGAGGUCGUGGGAAUCCCGCUGAAGAGUAUCCCACCCCCAACUGUUCCGGAAUCUCCGGCGUUCGCCCUGAAGAAAAGAGUUCGUUUGGACCGGAAGGUGGAGGAAGUCAAACCUCCAUCUCCUGUCAAAGCUCGGGUGGUGCCCCACUAUGGCAUCCCGUUUCAGCCGCGGCUCCCGGAGAACCACCACGUGGAAGUGUGUCCGUUCUCCUUUGAGCAGCGGGAGAAGGAACGCCAGGCCCUGAAGGAGAAAAAGCUGGAGAAGCUUCGAAACGAGCAGGUUCCACAGUUUAAGGCUCAGCUGCUGCCGGACUUCACGGCCGUGGUCCUGCCUGAGAAGAAGCCGCUGGAACCGACGAAGCCCGAGCCGUUCAAGCUGCUCCUAGACGAGCGAGGUUCUGUGAAGCACAGCCGCUGGGAGCAGAUGGUCAAAGACGAGCAGAAGCAACAAGAGGAGGCGGCCAUGUUUAAGGCCCGGCCCAACACGGUCACCCAUAAAGAACCGUUCAGGCCGAAGAAGGACGUCCAGCCAGGAAUCGACAUUGAUUCCUCUACAGUGGUGGAGCCGUUCACGCUGGCGACGGAGCGGCGUGCCCAGGAGUGGCAGGAGUAUGAGCGCCUGAUCGCUGAGAAGGAGGCGCUCAGGGCGCGCAUGGAGGCGGAGCAGAGACAGGAGGAGGAGCAGAAGCAGCGGGAGGAGAUAGCCAGGCUGAGGCAGGAGCAGGUCCACAAGGCCCAGCCCAUCAGACACUAUAAACCGGUUCAGCUGAAGAAGUCGGAAAUUCCUCUCACCGUUCCGGAGUCUCCCAACUUCUCCGACCGGUUCCGUUUGUGAGCAGCAGGAAAAUAUUGAUCUGAUUCCCUUUUUAUUUUUGUUUUUAUUGCCUUCUAGUCGUGAAAGAAAACUUUCUGAAGAUUUAAAUCGCUUUUUUAAAACUUACUUCUGAACUUUGUGUAAAUUGUGUAAAAGUUUGUUUUUUAAUAAACAUGGAUGGAUGGUC